CUUCCCCCUCAAUCUGAGUCUGCAGGGGUUAAGAAUAUGAACUGGCCCUUGUCCUCCCCCCCAGGCGCUGAUUUCUUUUUUACAUUCAGUUUCCCGUGCCGUCACCUGCCUGCCAAGCUGCUGCUCUGAUGGGCGCGGCUGGGACCAGAGCCCAAAAUCUGUGUUUUGACUCGCAUGGGAAAGUUGAGUGAAAAAGAGACAAAAGAAGAGAGAGGAGUUUAGGGAACAUCUCCGCUCGCUGUGCGCGUCAGCUCCUCACUGACGCAUUGUUCUUCUACUGGAUAAGACGCUGCGUCCCCAGAGGAAUCUGACCAAGCUGACUGCUUGAAGAUAAGAUGGGAUGGACGAUUUAACAAGGCAGAUGGAGAUUUCAGGAGAGAAGGUUUUGACAGAAACCGUAACCUCCACAAGCAGGCUGACUUCUCUCCCACCCAAGGGAACCAGUGGAUCAAAUCACAGGAAUAUGUCCAGUGGUGCUGGAGGGCUGGGCUUUGAGAAGAAUGUCUUAACGCAGAACAGCAGUGGAACCUACUUCUCUUCAUCCUCUGUAGGUGUGACAAGUAACUACAGCUCCUCCUCAGGGAUCUACCUUGGAGGAGACUCCUCAGGUGGAGGCGAGGGAGGUGGGAGCUACAUAGAUGGAGAGGGUUAUGGGAGUGGAGGAGGUGGAGGAAGAGGGGAAGGAGGCAGUGGAAGCACUUAUCUUGUGAGCUCCGUGUCGAAGGUCAGGUCCAGCUCAUCAGGCGGUGCGAGGAGAGCUCAGACUGCUGGGUCAUCAGUGGGGCUCUCACCAGGUUUCCGCGAGAGGAAGACCAUAUCCAGCCGCUCGGGAGGUUAUGAUGGGAGUUCCAGUGCCAAUUCUUCACCAGAAUUUCCACGCAAAGACUAUGGGAACUACUGCUCUGGUGCCACAAGAGGGAGGAGCGAAAGCAGAGAGAGUGAAAUCAGAGCCAGGUUACAAAGUGCCUCCCCAUCUGCCGGAAGAUGGGCUGAGCUGGAAGACGUGAAGAAGCUGCUGAAGGGACGCUCCAGCAGCGUCAGUCCUACCCGCUCCUCCAGCGCCUCCAUCACGCUGCCAGUACCGAAAAAAGCCAGUGCGGAGAGCAAGACCGUCUCAGUGGCCACUCAGUCGGUUUCAACUUUAUUUGAACCUGGUGUUCAAUCAAGCGGCUUCAACACCAUUGAUGUGUCAGGCCUCUAUGACGGCAGACUGACAUCCAGGCAGCGUGAUACUGGCGUCCAAACAGGCCAACAUGCUGUCACUGUAAAAUCUUGCCACUGCGACGCUGGAGUCAAAUCCAGCCAGUAUGACGUCAGCUUGGGUGCAGCUCAGUAUGAUACUGGUCUGAAGUCAAGCCAGUAUGAUGUUUGUCUGAGUUCAGCUCAGUACGAUACUGGUGUGAAGUCGGGAGGAUAUGACAUGAGCCUGAAAUCAGGGAGAUAUGAUACUGGAUAUAAAUCUAGCCAGUAUGACACCAUUGGGAGAUCAGGCCAGUACGACACCCUGGAUUCAGCCUUUCCAACAUUCUCUUGGUCCACCACCACCCUGCCCUCCUCAGCCACUGCCGUCAUAGCUGGAAACUCUGGCAGUUACACCUACCAGCUCGGCCAGGUCAGCACUAAUAACAUGUCAGGAGGCUCGCCGCCUAUCAGCCCCGCCCCAGCACCAUCUCUAUCAGUUUAUGGCUUUCAGAAUAACCUGGCUCCCACCUCUGCUGCUGUGCUCUCCACCAAUGCCGCCAACGUUUCUUCUAGCAUGGGAGGUUAUGGCGUCCAGAAGAAUGUGUCAAAUGGUGGUGCUGCCAUCAGCUCAGGGUUCUCUACAGCCACAAGGUCCCAAACAGAUGAUGCCUACAAGAGAGAUUAUAAAUAUACUGUCUCUGAAAAGGGGAACGUUCCAGCCAGGAGGGAGGGGGAAAUGCUCAUCCUGGCAAAAGACAGUGGCAAACAGUUUACCACCAGCAGCAGUGCUCAGGUUGGAGGAGGUUCACUGUCAGGAGACUCCUUAAAGAAGGAGAAGCUUAUUUCCAGCUACAUCGACACAGGAACCAUGAAAACAGAUGCAGGCAACUCGUACUAUGGAUCAUCUGGAGUCCUAAUGAAAGACAAGGCGACCUAUGCAGAGAUUCAUAGGGACAGCGGCGUCUUUGGAGGAGGAGGAUUCUGCUGUUGCUCUGACUCCUGCUGCUCCUGGUGGAAGUGGCUGCUGGGUUUGCUGCUCCUCUGUCUGCUCCUGCUCGGGCUCCUGUUUGGCCUUAUUGCACUGGCUGAGGACAUGAGGAGGCUCAAGAAACGGGUGGCUGAUCUGGAGACCAAGGCCUUGUUCACCGGCGCUGAGUCUAGUCGGCUGAUUGGUGGAGGUGGAGGAACAGGCUCUGAUAAAACCAUCAUUUUUGGAGGUGGAGCAGGAGGUGGAGGAACAGGCUCUGAUAAAACCAUCAUUUUUGGAGGAGGAGCAGGAGGUGGAGGCACUGGCUCUGAUAAAACCUUCAUUCUUGGAGGAGGAGCAGGAGGUGGAGGCAAAAUCUCUGCUGCUGGGGCUGGUACGGGCAGCACUGGUGCCUCUUUUAACGGGAGCGCCAGCAGUGAUGGUAAUGGUUUCAGCACUGGCACCGGUGUUUGGAACGGCGAUGGGACUGCUGUGAGUGGAGCAUACAUUGACAACGUCCUUCAGACAACCAUCUAUAGAAUGUUAAGAUCUGAAAUGCAGUCGCAGACAUUCAAAGCCUUUUUAGCAAACUCAGUGCAGGGAGAGAGGGGGUUACCUGGACCCAAAGGCGACCCUGGAUUGAAAGGAGAAGCUGGCGUCCCUGGACUUCCAGGUGUUCCAGGUCUGAUAGGACACACUGGCCCUGAGGGCCCUAAAGGACAAAAAGGAAGUCAAGGUGAACAUGGAGUAGAUGGACCACAAGGUAUUAGGGGCCGCGAAGGACCACCUGGACCUAGAGGCGACAUGGGACCUCCAGGCUUUGGACAGAAAGGAGAUAAAGGUGCUCAAGGUGAACCUGGUUCUGUUGGACCUGCUGGGCCUCCUGGAUCAAAAGGUCCACAAGGAAUCCAAGGGUUACCUGGCCCACCUGGUCAACCAGGUGCUCAGGGCUUCCGCGGUGAAGCAGGACUACCAGGACAAAAAGGGGAUAGAGGGCUCGCUGGAUUUCAAGGACUUAAAGGUGAACCUGGUGAAAGGGGAGUCAGAGGUCUGCAAGGUGAACGUGGUUUACCAGGUCUCCAAGGACCUGCAGGAGAGAAAGGCUCCAAAGGAUCAAUGGGACUUUCUGGACAAGAUGGUCAAAAAGGAUCAAGAGGAGACCAAGGGCCUCCUGGACUCAGGGGUCCUGCUGGGCCUCCUGGAGAUGCUGGACCUGCAGGACCACCAGGACUUCAAGGAGCACCAGGCAUCCCAGGAAAUCCUGGUCAACCAGGAAUCAAAGGUGAAACCGGCCAACCAGGACGAAUCAUCAAUGCAGCUGGUUCAACAUCCAUUGGCAUCCCAGGACCACCUGGACCUGCUGGUCCCCCUGGUCCUGCAGGUCCUCCAGGACUAUCAGGUCCUAUUGGCCCUGCUGGUCUACCUGGUCAACCUGGUCCUAAAGGUGACAGAGGAGAGAUGGGAAUAAUAGCAAGAACCAGCGAAACUGUACAUUCAUCAACAACAGGCAGUCAGUACACUAAUGGAGGAAACAUACAUGGCCCACCAGGUCCACCUGGGCCUCCUGGACCUCCUGGACGUCCAGGCGACUCAAGACAAGGACCUCCUGGACCUCGAGGACCCCCAGGAGAGCCAGGUUAUGGAAGACCAGGACCUAAAGGAGAAAAGGGAGAUGCAGGCUCUUCAUCAAGCUCAGGAACAUAUUAUCGUGGACCACCAGGACCUCCUGGGACACCUGGUCUUAAAGGAGAAACAGGUUCUCCGGGACCCCGUGGAUACACAGGUGAACCAGGCCCACCAGGUAGACCCGGAAGCUCUACUGGUUUUGCAGGAAAUGUGAUCCCUGGACCCACAGGUCCACCAGGACCUCCUGGAGUCCCAGGAUUACCUGGAGUGAAAGGAGACACUGGAGCUCCGGGAAUACCAGGCUCAGUGACAGUCACCUCCAGCCGUUCUGGUCCCCCAGGUCCUCCUGGUCCUCCUGGCCCACCAGGCAAUUUUGGCGACUCCACAGAGAUGCGGCAGUACAUUUCAGACUAUCUGAGUAGGUACAGACUGAGUGGUAUGUCGGGCCCUCCAGGUCCCCCUGGGCCCCCAGGCCCUCCAGGCCCCUUAACAGGAACCAUACAGGACAUCUCUACUCGUGUCAUUGCAUACCUGCGACGUUCAGAUUCUGGCUUCAGCUUUGGAGUUCAGGGACCUCCAGGACCACCUGGUCCUCCCGGACCUGGCUCUGGAUCCCUAACUGUCAAUGCUCUCAUCACCAUGCUUCAGAGAGAUGAUGUGAGAAGGUAUUUGUCAGGACCUCCGGGGCCACAAGGACCGCCUGGACCACCGGGGGCCUCAGGAGAACUUACAGGCAAUUACAGAAUAGAGGAGAUAGCCAUGUAUGUCUUCAAUAUCAUGAAUGAGAGGGGGAUUGCAAGAGGUCCACAAGGUCCCCCGGGUCCUCCUGGAGCUCCAGGUAUAGGAGGCUCUGGCAUCAACACUGCUAUGAUUGACUACUCCGAACUGAUCCGCAAUGCAGAUUUCCGCUCCUGGAUGGCUUCUGUUAUGCGGCAGGGUCCGCCCGGUCCACCAGGUAGGCCAGGGCUGCCAGGUCCUGCUGGUCCUCAGGGGCCUCCAGGGGUCUCCACAUCCACUGUCUAUGGGUCGGGCAGUCGUGGCUACAGCCUAGAGGAGAUUCAACGCUACCUGCAGGGUUCUGGGUUCCGAGGUCUUCCUGGCCCCCCUGGUCCUCCAGGUCCCCAGGGACCACAGGGACCAUCAGGCGCUCUCACUCGAUCAGUGUCCUACAGUGAAAACCUCCCUCGGGAAACCAUCCGUGCUGAAAUUCAGCAGUAUCUGAACAGUGACAGUGUUCGGCGGACUAUUGUCGGACCUCCGGGUCCUCAAGGUCCAAAGGGUCAGAAGGGAGAACGUGGAGAACCUGGCUACUCCCAGAGCUUCAUACAGACCCAGAGUUACCCACAGGGCGACGCUCGCUACAGCUCCCAGCAAUUUGAUGUCAACAAGCUCACCGAGUCCCUCGAUUAUUCCAGCGUUGCGAUGAAAGUUACAGACUACAUAAAGAAUCAAGGCCUGCUGCAGCGGUACAUCUCUGACGGUCCUUGGAGGACAAAUGUCCGAGCUAUUCAAGGGCCUCCAGGUCCCCCUGGCCCUCCGGGACCUCCUGGUACUAGCCGCGUGAUUGGGGCAUAUGGAAAUGUCACUGCUGACCUGAUGGACUUCUUCAGGAGACAUGGCACCAUUCCCGGACCCCCAGGAAGCCCAGGACCAAAGGGAGAGAGGGGGUACCCAGGACCCAAAGGAGACACGGGUGAUGCAGGACCUCCAGGUCUACCUGGAAUCCCAGCACCCUACACUGUCCAAAUACCACACAAAGUGCAAAGGCGGGAAGCAGGUGAUAAACCUUCGGUUCGUCAAAGACGUCACCGGCGCCAAGCCACUGGUGGCUGAGGGGUGUCCUGCUGCAAUGUUCCAACUCAGCUCUUGUUUUUUUUUUUCUGUUUAAUAUUAGUGGUUAAACUGUAAAAAAUGUGCUCUUUAUUUUUGAAGCAAAGGUUGGUUUUGGGGAAAUAAAAAUGCAUGUGGUUCUUUAUAAAUGCUUUUCAUAGAUGUGUUGGCCUGAGGUUUUAAAAGGCACAGGCUGCCAUGCUUAACAUGCGGGUGUAAAAUGUUUACUUUGCUUAGUUAGAAGAUGGCAUUCCCCUUUUUUGGGGAGCAGCAGUUUUUAAUGUCAAAUGCGAGCAUCUGCCACUACUUUUUAUAUCUGCUAUAGUUUGGGGGAUUAUAUGUAUCUAUGGACUAUAGAAGUUUUUAAAAGCAUUUAUUACACAUUCAACCAAUAAUAAUAUUCAAAACAAUCAAGCCUUUAAAAGAAUAGCAAAGCUUCAUGUUGACUUUUAUCAGUCUCAACAAAGUGAGUCAUUUACUUGCAAAGGUUUUGUUGGUAUAAAGAAGACAAAUGUAAUUACAGAGAUGGACUCAGAUGAUCGGAAAGACACGACUGGUUUAAUUGUAUAUUUUGUGUUUAAGCACUGAAUUUGAUAUUUUACUUGCCUUUAAGUGUUGGAGAGAAUAAAUUAUAAACAUGGUUGAACCUUUAUUUGAU